UCUCAAUUAAAAGACAAGAAAUACGAGUUGAAAAGCCGCAUUCUCGAGUCAUGGGAAUGGGGUUCUUCACGGAUCAAGCUGAAUAUUAUGAGGGUUUCACGCACCUCGGGCAAUAAUCAUUGGCUUUCACAGCUGGUAAAUAAAAUACCCAAAGGGAUCCUCAUAUAAGGCUAAAUACGUGGGUCGAGUCUAUUUUCGAGGAAGGGCUUCAGUCCACUUUAAGUCAGAUAUACAGUAACUACUCUCUGACAGGGUCCACUUGUAUUUUGUCACAAAAUGAAUACAUACUUUAAUAUUGUAUGCUAUUUUAGAUUCCCCUGACAUCAGAGGGUAUAGGCUGUAGCUGCAGUCGUAUGAGACAGGGUCUACGCAAGCUGUGCGCCUUCAGCGGUUAACACUAGAAGACGUGUGUAUAAUACAGUGACAUCGUUACCUGUCCACAUACCUGUCCACAUUAUACAUAGCAUCCGCCAUGCACCAGUAGUUUGUUUACUGUUUUCUGCACCCGAGUUCAAAACAUCCUGUGCAUCAUCAGGACUCUGACUGCAGUAGUUUUUUUUUUUUUACAACCAAGCGGCUAUUAAAUAAUGCUUAAAAUAUUAAAUCUAAAACCCAAUGAUCGUUGACACAAGUUAUCAGGACUCCGUUUAUCCGAUACUAGGCCUCAGCAGUAGUUAUGUUGAUUUGGUAUUUUUUGAAAAAAAAGGUCACAGUGCGCGUGUCAAAGGGGUAUGAAACUGACCUCGGGUGUCCAGCAAGGAGACCACUACAGGUGUCUGAUAAGAGUUGAAGGAUACCGGGCUGUGAAAAUAGACGGACUGAUAAGUUGUAAGUGCGACACUUGAAUGUUUGAAUAAUGGAGAGCUGUACGUAUUUCUUUAUCCAUUUAUUUUAUUGAUUUUUUUUUUAAUUUCAAGUUUCUAUGAGCAAUGUAUCCUAUCCUGAAUAGUGCAGAGCUGCAAGGUUCAUUGUUUUCAUAAGAGAGAAUUGUGAAGUAUCAUAUAAGCCUAUUGGUUCAGUGGGAGCUCUCAUUAGACAUGACAGCGAAUGCCCCAUAUAGCGCUUGCUCUGCCUAUUCUGGACCAUGGACUGUAAUGGACCUGCGAGCGCGUUAUCUCUGCCGCCACCGCAGCCCUCCGCUGCACCCAAGGCUGACGCCGCUAGCUCUUCGAGAGACUGCAAGACGCUGGACCAGCUCACAGACGGAAGUAUCCACAUAAUCGCCGAAGAUGAUGAUGAGGAUGAAGAUCCGGCUGAUGAGAGAACAUGUUUCGAGACCAAAGACCGGGGCAAUGCGAUGCCGUACGGAAACACUGCUCUGGGUGCUACCAGGUGUACAUAUAGGUAUCGACUACCACCCCCAAAGCCUCCACCAAAUUACCUCAUUCCUGCCCUCGUAUUGACGCUGUUCAAUCCUCUGCUUGGCGUCCCGACGGUGGCGUUUUCACUCCUCAGCAUCCGUAACUUCAACAGGACCUACUACCAGCAGGCUAACGAAGGCAGCACCAAAGCUUUGAUUUUUCUAAUAGCAGGCGUGAUCAGCUCUACACUCAUAGCUGCCGUUGUCUUUAUAGCCAUUUGGCAAAUCAGCGAGGAAAGCAGUGCGCAAACGGAAGUCCAAGUGAGCCUCGAAGUGACGACGUUACCCGGGAAAGUGCGAGUCAAAGUAGGGGACAAUACCACACGGCGGCCGCAGGAAAGUGAAAUCUUGUUAAACAAAACGAGAGAGUGGCUAGACGGGAUUGGUUUUAACAAACCGAAGCACAUCCUCAAACAGGCCGGAGUGAAUGGUAGCAUGCACAGAUUCCGUGUCGAGAAUGUUGGUCGCUUAAUACUGACCAAUUUUACAGACGCUUUGUACCGUAAUAUCACACUGAACUGGUUAAAUGGGAAUGACGGCCGUAGAAGACCCACGAGUAUGCUUCUAAAGCGGUUAAAUGAGACUGACAUGGACGUUCCCUGAUCAAGCAGUCGGGAAUGUAAUUGUAUGACUUCCCACUGAGCACCCUCAGCUUGUGGUUUUGGCGACUGGAAGUUAAAACGGAAGUUGACGCAAUAUAUCUUCCGCCAGUGGUCUCAGAAUUGGACAUUUUCAUUUCAUUUUACCGUGCCAGUAAGGUUUAUUUUGUCAUGUAAGUAGUUAAGUUGGUAUUUUAAGAUGUUAUGGACCAAUGCCACAAAACUGUGCACAUGUUCUGUAGGUGCAUACAGGAAAAGGGGGUACUUAGUGCUUCUAAAUAUGCACUCAUCAAGAAAUCGCCGUAACGUCCCAAUGAGUAAUAGUGCAUCUAUGUAAAUAUGAUAUACGUGCAAGUGUCAUGGUCUGCCCCUUAGAAAAAAACUGCACACAAAGUAAAACAGAAUAAAAUCUUUAUUAGUUGGUACACGUUAAUUAAGUAUAUAUUUGAAAACUAAGCACUGUAUUUGGAUGUUAAUGAUGUAACUAAGCUGAACAAUCAAACAAUUGGCUGCGACUCUAGGGCCAAUUCGUUUGAGUGGGAAACGAUACAAUUCAAUGAUAAUGCAUAUGCACCUCCGUUAAAGGCCGUCGUAGUCGUACAAAGUAAUACACAGGUACCUCGUCUUUAUUGUUCUCAUUGUUGUUCCAAGCUCAUCAAUAGAUUGUUUAUAUUAAUCCUACCUCUUAAACGACUGCUAAUACAUGACCAUGUAGAAGGUUGGCGGUCUCCGGCCAAUGUCAAUGUAAAGAAAACAUCCCUCUGACCAUCGAAACUAGGUAAAAAAGUACUGUGGUUUUGAACGGUAGGAGACUGAUUAAGUUUAUGUCAUGUAGAUCCUGUUUUUUAAGCAUUAUACGACCUUUGACAAAAAAUCUUUCAUAUCAACGUACUUUACGACAUUUCAGAUCUUGUCAAUUUACGUACGGUAAGAAUGUAGUUAAUGUCGUGACGUUGGUGAAACAAACCUUUUUCCUUUAUCCCAGGGAGGAAAUAUACCGAAGAACAACUCAAAUAUUCGUCUUUCUUAUCACACGAUUGUCUGUGCAUUUUUCAGCACUGAUGUCUAGAAUUGCAAACAAAGCUGUGCAACGUUAGGUCAUGUCACGUGGGCGCUAGUAUGGUACCGGUACUGCAGCAAUACAAAUUUAUCUAUAUAUGUUUCAUGUGAAAAUUCAUGCCUUUAAAAAAGACAAUAGAUUCAUUACAAAUCCCGGUGAAAUACUACAUGUAUGUAAGGAAUACUUUAGGCACGAAAUGUGUGUAUGAAUAUUGUUUCUUUUUCCUUUUAAACUUCAUUAAAUGUUGAAAUUAAAGUGAUCAUACAAGGUUCACAGUGGGCAGUGUUAAAAAUAAAAUCACAAUGGCUUAAGUUAAAGUAAUAAUGUAGCAGUUUAAUCGAAGUUACCCCAGUCCAGGGUCUCUCGAAUGGAAUGUUAAAGUACUGAGGUGGUCUGCUGCUGGACUGGGGCCUGAUGAUGUUCACUAAAUUUACCAGAACUAGUUUGAUUUUCUCGGUUUGUAUGGAAGGUGUGAUCGAAUUUAUUGAGUUAAAUCGAGUUAAAUCGAGAAUUAAAAUAUAUGAUUAAUAUUUAUGUUUGUAUAUUCAAUUAAUUGGCGGCUCGAUAAAGAUCUCUUUGAUUGCGUUGACUAAAUAUUUUAAUUUUCAUGACAAAAGAUAGUACUGUCUAACAGUCUCUUUUUUAUCAUUUACAAAUGCAUAUCAAAAUAACAAUGUGAAAUAAAUAUUGUUUAUUUUUG